CGGUCAGAUCGAACCGGCUCGUGUCGUGUCGUGUCGUGUCAUGCUCUCUGUUCUGCCUCUAUGUCGCAUGGCACAUCGAUGAUUUUCCCUUGUCCCCCCUGCCAGCAAGCCCCAACCUCAGCCUGAGCCUGACUCUUGAAUCGCACCUUGGUCCCGACAACUCUAUUAUUACCGCCCUUGGUUGGCCAGGGCCUGCAAUAUUCCACUUUCUACCGACCAGGUUGCUGCUUGGACCUGGGUGACCGCUGCUCGGCUUGUGCGCGCCCACGGCUCUUGGUAGCAUCAGCAGGGGAGAAAAAAAGAAGAGGCACGCCAUCACCCGCCGGACCAAGAGGCCAGGCCAGACCGGAUCCAGGCCACACGGACCAGACAGGCCAGGCCAGUCAUUGAUCGCUAGGUACGGACUGAACUGCCAGGGACGCCAGCGAGAGGGACGGCCAGUCCACCCCAGCCAGCCUGUGCGGGUGCUUGUAGGGGUGUGUGUGGUGUGUGUUAGUGGGGGAGCCAGAGCACAGUACUGUGUGCGAGUGUGUGAGUGAGUGAGUUGUGUGAGUUGUGUGUGUGUGUGUCUGGGUGUGGGUGUGGGUGCAGGUGCGACCAGCCGAACGUGGGGUAGAGCCUCCCGGGAUCCUCUCUUGUCUCUCUCUGGUCUCUGCUUGGACGGUACAAGUCCCAAGAAUUCCCCCCAUUCUGGCCGAAGUCUUCCCGCUUCCCUCUCUUCAACCAGCCCGUCCCCCCCCUCAGGAGCAAACCUCACAGUCGGUUCGACUCGACUCGUCCGUACGACAUGGCCGCCAUAUCGACGUCGAGUCCCCUGACCUCAAUGAGCCCUACCUCAACAGAGCACGACUUCCGAUUCCCACGAAGGCCCGCCGACAGCGGCCCCGGCCACAGCCAUAUCAGGUCGGAGCAAUCAGAGCGCUCCGCUUCCGCCAGGACUAACAACAAGAGUACCGGUUCCGCCUCACUUAUCGCCAACCGGAGCCCCAGCACCACCCACAGGGCCAACCCCACCGUCAACAAACCCAGGAAUACCGCAGACAUGCGCGGCAGCCUGAAGGAAGUCCGCUUCGACCUCUCAAAAACACUCGACAAUGCACGAGGCACCCUGUCCAGGACCGACGCCUUCGCCGGUUUCCAGGAUGGCAUUGCAGGGAUGAGCACCAGCCCGAGCGAGCUGGGAAGCGAUGACCCGCUGGCCGCCCAGGUCUGGCGCUUCUUCAGCAGGACGAAGCAGAGCUUGCCCAACCAGGAGCGCAUGGAGAACCUCACGUGGCGCAUGAUGCACGCCAGCCUGCGCAAGCAGCGGCUCGCCAAUGACGAGUCUUCCAGAUCCGGAGCAAAUGCCCCCAGCGGCAUCGCCCAGUUGCGCAAGUCAUCUGAGCAGACCAUCUCGACCUCUGACCCCAUGAACCUCGACGACUUCCUCGUCGCCGAGGACAUCGCCACUCCCGCCGGCACCGCUGGGAGCCCUUCGCCUCAGCUCUCAAAGCGAGGCGAAGACAAGCCUGCGCGCUCACACAUCACAGCCAUCCCGAUCAAACAUCGCCAGGCCUCUCUCCCCCACUUCGUCCCCCAGUCCGUUCCUGUCCCUGCCCACGCUCCGAAUGUUCAGCACGAGUUUGGCUAUGUCACAAGGCACCACAGGAAGACGAGCAUUGAUGAGAGGCGGACUCGCAAGCGGCCAGCCGACUUCUCGCCUCACGUGUCUGGUAUCGGAGGUCUCGAGGGUGACAAUGACUUCCACGAAUACACGCUCGACCAUCCCAACGCCUCCGGUCUAGGCCACGCGCCCGGUCAGCCCAGCGUGCCAUUCCCGCUGGACACUUUCCAGAUGGAAAGCGACCCCAUCAUCACCUCCGCUGGGCCUUUCCAGCAGAACUUCGGCUUCUCCCCCGGAACCUCGCCAAUGGCGCACCACGGAGCCUUCGCCAACAUGUAUAACAAUCAGUCCAUGCCCUCCUCGGCCGUCCAGAACACCGAGUUCUACUCACCGCCAGGAUCGGCCUACCAAUCCGCCGUUUCCACUCCCCAUCCCAUCAACGAGGAGCCCUUCUACUUUGGCUCUAUGGACGUCCGUCACCAACGACCACACCCUUUCCGCCCGGCCCCGACGAACAUGGCCAACUCGAUGCCCAACCAGUUCAUGUACAACCCAUCCAAUGGCAACCCCAUGUUUCCCACCACCUCCGGCACAGAUCCUGCCUCUGCCUUCGCCACCAGCAACGCAUUCGGUCACAUUGACCCCACCCAGGUCUUUGCGGAUCAUUCUGUCCGAUCACCGGGUGUGAGUAUGAUGCCAGACAGCAAUGGCAUGUUCAGCUUUGGGCCAGACUCCGAUGAUGGGGAGGAAGACGUCGGUGCUUUCGCCGACCGCAACAUGACAAUGCCACAUGAUUUCUCCUCGACCGAGUUUGAUGCCGAGGGAAUGCCCUCGCACGGCAGCGCAAUGCAGUGGGACGCCUCCUUGCCAGGGCAGUUCAGCACCCAGGCUGCGCGUUACCCGGGUGGGCCGCCUGCUGCCAAGCGGGUCACCAUCGGCGGAACGACAACAGACUAUGUCGAGUCCAACGAAUGGGAAGGCGGCAAUCUCGGCCGAAGCCAGUCUCAGUCAUUCCGACAUGGCGGAGACCGCCGCCAGAAAGUGCCACGGACUGCAUCGACCCCGGCGGUGAACCGAGGCAAUGCCUUUGAUCGCCUCUCUCGGUCCAACCCCAAUUCCCCACCGGCAGAUGGGGCUGGUCACGCCUCUGGAUACUCAUCUGUCAACCCAAGCAGGCCGUCGUCGCCCCCUGGGUCGAAGAACGGCUCCUCGACGAACCUCCAGGCUGCGAACAACUCCUCAACCGACGGGACCACUCCCACAACAUGCACAAACUGCUUCACCCAGACCACGCCCCUGUGGCGCCGCAAUCCCGAGGGUCAGCCACUCUGUAACGCGUGUGGUCUAUUCUUGAAACUCCACGGCGUCGUGAGGCCACUGAGUCUGAAGACGGAUGUCAUCAAGAAGCGAAAUCGGGGUUCUGGAAACAGCUUGCCUGUGGGUGGAACGAGUACUCGGUCGGGAAAGAAAAAUGCCAGCGUGAAUGCGUCGCACAACAAUUCUGGGACCAACACUCGCAAGAACUCCUCCCUCGCCAUCUCCUCGUCGGCCAACAACAUCGUCAGCCAGGCCUCGACGCCUCCGGCGACCGCCCGCGCCAGCAGCGUGAAUGCCAGCGACUCCCCUGUCAGCGGCGGCCCGUCUGGCGGGAACACAGCUGGGAGCAGCCCAACAAGCUUCCACGGGAAUGCAGGCCCGGCGAGCGGUGCAGUGGGUGGCAAGGGCGUUGUGCCUAUUGCGGCGGCCCCACCAAAGUCCACACCCGGGCCUGGGGCUUCUGCAUUACCGCGGACGGUCGCGGCAUCUGCCAAGCGGCAGCGGAGACAUAGCAAGAGUGCAGCUGACAACGCCGGAAUGGACAUUGACAGCCCCGAGAACUCGACCGGAUCCAACGAGACGGCCCGUUCCAUCGGUUCGAGCAGUGGGUUCGGUACCAUGUCGAACUCAGCCAGCCUAGGCCUUGCGAACGGCUUCGGUAUGACGCAGAGACCCAUGGUUGGCUCCGGCAUGAUGACAGGCAUUGCCGCUGGUCAACCACCAGUGACGGUGGCGCCAAAUGGCACCGGAACUGGGCCCCAGGAAUGGGAGUGGUUGACAAUGAGUCUCUGAAAGACCAUGACGAGACAGACCUGCAUAUUCAAAUGGCGUUUAUGGUUGUUGCAUUGAUACGCACCAUUGAGUCGCGUUAUCACCUAUUUAUACAAAGCCGAUGAUACCAGUCCAGUUGAUUUGGGCCAGGCAGAAUUUGCUUUGCUUCAAGCUCCCGGCAUGGCCUGCUGGGCUGAUGCCGGGGGGCUCCGUGGUUGACGGUAGCUUUCACCACUAUUUGGGAAUAUUGGCAUUCAGCUUGGCGCGUUCUGACCAUGAAGUUGGAGUGGAUCUCACGAAUCUCACGCUUUGCAAUAUUUUAUACUCUUUACCGGAAUCCAAAGCACUUUCGUGCUCAGCCCAAUAAUCAUUAUUUCGGCGGCCGAGACGACGACUCAUCUUGAUCGACCGGCAGACUCGACGCACGGCUGUCGACGCCGCCGCCUUGCACACGAUCCGUCCGGGGUGUGUCUGGAGUCAUCCGCAACUUUACUCGUUUGACCCUGAACGGCGCCUCGAAGUCUGCGGAAGGGUUGCGCGAUGGGGAGACCAUGUAGGGGUCGAUCCCGAAGAACCCCAAGGCUGUUGCAGGACGUGGCUUAACUCGUUGGGUUCUGAGCGCACAGUUACGAGGGGAUGCUUCAUGGAGCCUUUUUGAUCAAGCGGGCGUGGGCGGUUCUAGCAGUUUUAUAACGCCCUGCCUCUAGCCCUUUGGAUUCAGGCCGGGGUUUUAUUUGAUGGUAUCAGGUGUUGUUUUUCCAGCUCUAGAUAUGAUGAUUUUCGGAGAUGGCUGUAUAUUUGGCGGAGCGGCUUUAGCCGGAGCGUGGUCUAUUGUUAUUGUAUGCGCCUGUUGUGCGCGUGUGUUGUGUAGAAACUUGGUGGAUACCCCGCGGAUAUUUGUGUAUGUUGCAACAAGAGAUGGUGGUUUGGAAGCGAUACAACCGAGUAUUACUUGUGAGCGACUUUUGAACCUCCGAAGACUGGCAAUAUUUACACGGAGAGAAGAGAGCGUUUUGUGAGGGCUCUCUACUUGCUCCUCGAUAGAUGACUUUCCAGCUAUAUCGAGAGAAAGAAUGAAAUCAAGAUCUGAGUCAA